AUGGCAAAAAGAAAUUGGAAAAAAUCAUGCUGUGGAGUGGUAAACAGUAUUCUAGCAGCGCUGGCAUUGUAUGGGACCCUAUACUUAGCAGUACUCAUCUUCGAAAGAGGAGCUCUCCCAAAAUCGCCAUCUGAACUUUACAAGAAACCCUCUCAUGGAUCGUCUUCUGAACACGGUUCUGUACCUGUGCCCCCUCCACCCGCGACACUACAUAUCGAAAAGAUCAAUCCAAAUGCAAAUUGGUUUAAUAGACCCGAGAGUUUGGUAGUUCCAAAGGAUGACUAUUUGGGAAAUCGGCCACACAUCGAUACGGUUGCGAACCUAACAAAAUUAGUGGAAGAAUGCAGAGGAUCAUACAAAAAAAUUGAGAAAAUGCCAUACGUUUUCGACUGUUUGAAUUAUAUGAGUGAAGGCGAGAAGGAAUACUAUUACAUGCCGGCACAAGGAGAACGAGCAAGCGAACAGCCCCCCAAGUUGGCCGAGUAUCUCAAUUCUGACGGUCGGGACAACUCUUUGGCUCAGUAUCCAUCGCAGAAAGCUUA